GUACUCGGUUUCUGUUUUUCUUAUAUUCGUAUUUUUUUACUUGAACGUAAGCUAUAAAUUAGUCUCCUCUUGUAAUCGUUAAUUUUCACUGUAUACAUUUCAUGACAAGGUCAAAACCUAUUGUGAAUCAUUAGACUGAUCACGCAUUAUGUCGAGUGCGGAUCGGAUUGACUUUGAAAUGGAAGUUGAAGUCGAGAGUGCAUCAUCGGGGCCCGCGGCGGAGCCCCCUAAUCCGACAUCGCCGUCAGCACCCAUUCCAGCUGCAGACAACAAGAGCGUGGUAGUUACCACCGCAACGUCUGGUUCUGUUACCGUAUCCCUUCAUCCAUUAGUCAUUAUGAAUGUUUCCGAACACUGGACUCGACUUCGAGCACAAGAGGGCUCACCACAAACCGUAAUUGGAGCUCUCAUUGGGAAGCAAAAAGGUCGUAACAUUGAAGUAAUGAAUUCAUUUGAACUAGUGUUUAGUGUGAUUGAGAAUGACAUUAUUAUAGAGAGAGAUUAUUAUAAUUUAAAAGAAGAACAAUUUAAACAAGUAUUCUCUGACAUGGAUUUCCUGGGCUGGUACACUACAGGAGAUACUCCCACGGAGCGGGACAUUGCUGUGCAUAGGCAAAUCUGUGACAUCAAUGAGUGUCCUGUUAUGCUAAUGUUAAACCCUGCUGGACGGAAUGGUGAUCAACUUCCUGUAGUAUUGUAUGAGUCUGUGAUUGAUGUCGUACAAGGCAGAGCUACAAUGCUCUUAGCUCCGCUCACUUACACAUUAGCAGCAGAGGAGGCAGAGAGAAUUGGUGUGGACCAUGUGGCAAGGGUGUCUUCAGGAGAAGCAGCUCUUAAUAGUUUAGUGGCCGAGCACCUAACUGCGCAGCGGUCAGCUAUAAAGAUGUUGGUGUCCCGGGUGCGCGCGGUGCUGGCCACCGUGCGCGCCAUCCGCGACGGCGCGCUGCCGCCGCGGCCGGGCCUGCUGCGCGAGGCGCGCGCGCUCGCCAACCGCCUGCCCCUCCUAACCUCGCAGCAGUUCCGCACUCACUUUUAUCACCAAUGUAACGACGUAGCUCUUAUGACUUACCUCGGCACCAUCACGAAGGGAUGCAACGCUAUCAACCAAUUAGUUAAUCGAUUUAAUGUACUUUAUGACAGACAAGGAAUGGGUCGUCGUAUGAGAGGACUCUUUUUUUAAACAAAAACAGAAUGUAAUAUUCUUGCAAUGAGAUCAACAGUAAGUGGUGCGCAUCAGAAUGUCCAAAUGGACUAACUGGCGACUGUCAGUGUAAAAAGAAUUGUAUGUUUUAUAUGCAUAUGCGAUAUUGUUUUAAUUUUUUAAUUGUUAUAAUGUUCGUACCAGGCUGUCAUUACAAGAAAUGUCCAAUAUACAGAUUAAUUGUACAUCAGAAUGGUUGUAAUGUACCUAAAAAAAAAUAUCGAACUAUUUGAAAACGGUGAUGAAGUAAAACACCGAUGAAGUGAUCAGUGAACAGGUUUAGUGAAAUGUACUUAGUCAUUUGUAUAGUAGGCGAAAAAUAAAGUGAGCCGAUGAAUGCUAUCUCGAAUGGCUCUCUUACAAUAGGAUAAUAAAACCGCGGGGAUCUUUCUCUUUUACUCUGACUAAGGGCUUGUGCACAAAUCACGCGAGGUUCGAUAUAGAGGGGGAGGGGGACUAAGAAAAAAUAUCUACCAUAUACUUUUUUCGGUUUUAUUAAACAUAAAUCUUCACUUGGCACUUCAAAAUAGCGAGUCUAAACAAGAUUUACUCUAUACAAUACUAUUUAUCUUAAAAUAAAUUCGAAUAAAAACAAAUAAAAAAAAUACACGUGAGGUUAUGUGGGGGAGGGGGGGUUCGCCAAGAACCUCACCAAAUAUCACCAAGGGGAAGGGGGGGGGGGGAAGAUAAGUAGCCAAAAAAACCUCGCGUGAUUGCUCUAAGACGUAAUUACAGUGAGAGAGAAAAAUGCCCGCAAUUGACGAACUUCGAUUUUCGCGGUUAUAGCCCAGAGAUCGCAACCGGUUUUUUGCAAAAACUUCAAAAGAACUACUUAUAAUACAUUUCCGUUUUAGUUUAUACUCCAAAUGUAGACUCAGUUGUGUUUUUAGAUGACGAUUUCGCAUUAUUAGAUUGCCCAGAAAUGAAAUAAUUACCAAAUUACGAAAAAACUGUUUUCGUUCCCAUACAAAAAAUACCGGUUUCCGAUCCCUGAUUAAAACAAUUAACCCCCGGUAUUGCUUACGUACCUACUUGGGCUAAACAAUCUUAAUCCCACUUAACAACAUUUUAAUUUAUAUGUUUUACUAGUAUUUUAACUUUUCAAUGUGAAGUCUAUUGUUUUAAAAUAAUAUUUAUGUAAAGACACAUUAAUUUCAAAGUAAAGACAAUUUGUGGCGAAAAAA